GAAAUAUCGAACGAAAGAAACUUGUUCGUCAAAGUUCAGUUUUCGAAACAGCUGAUUAAAUUUUUUUCAUCCAAUUCGCGAUUGCUCGAAAACGAAAGCAAACAAGCGAACAAACGUUCGUCAAUAACAUUGUUGUUUUGCCAUUUAACAUUUUGUAAUUUCGGUUAAAUUGCAAUGAUCAUCUUAUGACGAUAAUAAUGUGGAAUUUUUCCCGAAUAUUUUUAAUCAUUAUUAUUUCGAUUUUUAUUGAUGAAAGAUUUGUUCAAACCACCACCAACGAAUCAAAUGAAACGACAUGUUUUGAUUUUUCAAAUGUUUUAUCGUCAUCGACAAACGAUACACUUGAAUGUAAUAAAUAUCGAUUAUUUUCCACAAAAACAACAUAUCUAACUGCAAGAGAAGAAAUUCGUAAAAUUUUUCCAACCAAAUGGCCAAAUGAAGAACUUCGUAAAUGUCAACCAAUUUAUUUAUUUUUCCUGAAUCGUCAUUCAAUACGUUAUCCAUCAGCACGUGAAAUUGGUAAAUUUAAUCAACUACUACAUUCAAUUCGCAGAGAAUUACUGGAAUCGGAUAAAUUAAAUUAUCGUAUGUAUAUCUAUUUAAUAACAUGGCGUUUUCGUAUGUUACCAAAUGAUGAUAAUCAUGUUAGUUAUACGGGUAAAUUACAAACAGCACGAACAGCUGAAAUUUUUUAUAAAUUAUUUCCAACAUUGCUUGAUAUUGGGAAAAUUCCUCAAUUUGAUGUCGGAAUAUCAACGAAAAUUCGUACGGAAGAAACAGCUGAUGCUUUUAUUGAUUCAUUAAUCAAUAUUCAAUUAAAUCAUCAAAAUUCUCAAUCAAAAAAUGAAAUCAAACAGAAAAAAUUCCCGAAAAUCUCCAAAGAUGUUUUAAUGUCACAUAAAAAAUGUAAACGUCUUAUCGAGGAUUCAUUAUCGGAAUCAUCUGAAUCUUCAUCGUCAAAAAUACCAAAAUCAAAAAAAUUUAGCAAACUUCUCGAAAGUAAACCAAUAAAAAUGAUGUCAAUAAAUUUUAGCCAAAGAAAUGGAUUGAAAUAUACUAUGAAAAUUGAAUCGUUGAUAAUGCUGUAUAAAGCUUGUUCAUAUGAAACAGCUAUUUAUACAUUUUCACCAUGGUGUCAUUUAUUUUCCGAAUCCGAAUUGAAAAUUAUUGAAUAUUUAUUAGAUAUUGAUGAAUAUUUUGAUGCAUAUCAAAUUGAACCAUAUCGUAAAAUGGCUUGUUCGGUUAUUGGUGAUUUGCAAUCGAAAUUAGUUUCAAUCAUUCAGCAACCUGAAGCCCAAUUGACGAAUACAACAUUAUAUUUUUCACAUGAAAAUUUAUUAUCAAAAGUUUUCAGUUAUUUUGGACUGUUUAAUAAAUUUCCCGAUGUGAAUCUUGAUCUACCAUCAUCAGAUGAUGAUAAUGACAAUACUCGUUUCUGCAUAGCUGAUGAUCGUGAAUGGCGUUCCAGUUUGAUUGUACCGUUUGGAACAAAUUUUGUUGCUGUACUUUAUAAAUGUAAUUCUCAACAACAAGACCAACAUCAACAACAACCGGCAUUCAAAGUGUUAACAUUAGUCAACGAAAUCCCUGUUAUAGUACGUGGUUGUAAUAGUUCAUUAUGUAAUAUUGAUUUAUUUUUUAAUGAAUUUUAUAAUGAUCAAAAUGAUUGUGAUUUACCGAAAAUUUGUAAAUUAUCAUCGUAAUAAUUGUUAUAAACACUGUUACCCUUUUUUUGAUAAUUUUUAUUUUAAA